AUGUCCUCUGCCAAUUACAUGUCUCCCUCUUCCUCGACGACGCCAACAUGGCAUCAGUUCGAACGGAAGGUUGAGGAGGUAAAACCAUCCAAAACUGAUAUCAAUUAUCUAGUCAUGGAUUACCUCAUCACCAAUGGCUACCCAGCUGCUGCGAAGAAAUUCUCAGUAGAGGCCAACAUCCAACCCAGGGCAGAUAUCGAGUCGAUUCAAGAAAGAGUUGACAUUCGAACUGCGAUUCAUUCUGGGAAUAUUCAGGUCGCCAUUGAGAAGAUCAAUGAGCUCAACCCACAGAUCCUAGAUGAAAAUGCUCCUUUACAUUUCGCAUUGCUGCGACUGCAGCUGGUGGAGUUGAUUCGCUCGUGCAUCUCUUCCCCCGAUGGCGACGUCAGCCCUGCCCUUGAGUUUGCGAGCUCCCAACUUGCACCGCGGGCACCCACCAACCCCCAGUUCCUUGAGGACCUUGAGAGGACUCUUGCUCUCUUAAUAUUCCCGGCGGAUAGCCUGUCCCCGCCACUUGCCCCUUUACUACACCCCGACCUUCGUAAGGAUAUUGCCAACCGCGUCAACGAAGCCAUUCUGCUGAAUCAAGGCGCUCGUAAAGAGGCCCGGCUACGCAACUUGGUUAAACUGCGCGCGUGGGCUGAACAGAAAGCCCGGGAGGCUAAGAAGGAUAUACCCGAGAAGCUGGACCUUGGACUGGGCGAUAAUCCCAACACCCACAACAGUAAUCCCCUGGCCAAUUCGACCAGUGCCAGUCACAAUGGCUCUAACGACACCGUAAUGACCAAUAAUGGGGAUAUCGACCCCAUGAUCUCAUAA